AUGCCUCCCCCAAAAUCCGCUAGUACUUGUGUGCAAUGUCGUGCCCGCAAGGUCCGAUGCGAUGGAGGCCCGCAUUCAUGCUCCAAUUAUGGGAAAAGACCUGCUCGUCCUUCGCAUCGAUCGCCUAGCAUUGGGAAUCGAUCUGGGGCUAGUUCUGGGGUCUCUCCUAGUCUCUUACAGCCUCGUCAGUCGCCUUCACAUGAUGUAUCCACGGAUGAUGCGCAUUUCGGAUCGCCUUCUGCGGUGGCAAGGCUACCAGUUGAAGCUGACGCUCCUCUACCACCUUCCGCAGACCUACCAUCGUCUUGGAGAGGCUCAGUCACCGAACUGAGCCCGAUAGAAGGCGGAGGAGGUGCUCGCUCAAUUGCUUUACCGCCUAUGCGAGACCGACUCCAAUUGAUCAACGAUUUCUUCCGCCAUGUGCAUCCGUUGCCCUCUUAUGCGUUUCUCAACCAAGUCUCCAUAACUCAGCGGUGUCUGGACGGAAGCCUCGAUGAAACCCGCCUCUUGGCUCUGUUUGCAAUAUCUUCCCUUCAUCUCAAGUACGCAAAAUAUCACCCAACGUUGACGGCGCAGUGGAUUCAGCGUGCAGAAGAUAUUAUUUGGUCAAAGAUCGAGAAACCUAGAAUUUUCACAACGCAAGCCCUGCUUCUUAUUAUCCACUACAAGAUCGAGAGUGGCUCAUUUCAGCGUGCUUACAUGCUGAUGGGUAUAGCUGGUCGUACAGCCAGCGCCUUACGUCUUCAAUACGUGAGAAUCGACUUUGGUACUCUCGCGCAAGAGAUCAGGCGGCAUACAAUGUGGUGUAUGGCGCUUCUGGACUUAUCUUUCUCAAUUGGUUUGCCAGAGUCUGAGGUUUGCUCGCCGGAUUCUAUAUAUAUACGGUUGCCGUGCAGCGAGGAAGAUUUCCAAACAGAUAGUGAUGACAACGAUCCCUUGAGUCUGGAUGGAAUAUCUGAGAACGGGCUGCUCGCCACGUCCAUUCGAAUAACGCUAAUCACGCGCGACAUCAUAAGGCUCAUGCGACAAGUCCGUCUGUCAUCGCAGUCAAUGCCACAACUGCCUGAUCUUGUAGAGGAAUUUGGCAGAAUGCUGGAACAGCUGGAAAUUCCACCAUACAGUGCUCAGGAACUUGAACGCUUUGCAUCUUCAAAAUGGCUUGCCCGAUUUUUGACAGUGCAGCUUUCCUGGCAUCAAGCUCACUGCGACGCAUACAGACUCUUUCUUUCGGGCUAUAGGGAAGCGGCUCCUGAAGCUAUCUGCGGCUAUCACGCGUGCCGGCUCAUCCUCUUCCUCAGCAAAUCCAACCUGAUUCCGCCUGAAACGAAUUUCACUACGGAAGCCGCAUGCCACCAAGCGUCUGCUUGUCUGAAGCUAUUGCAGCGUUUGUACAAGGACUCAUCACUAGUACAGUUUAUCUUGAGGGAUCUUGAGGCCAUGAUUCAAUUAUACGCGGCUGGUGAUUCCGAGCAUGGACGCGACUCUUCUGAACGUGAGGAAAACGAUACCCAGCAACCACGCUUCGCUGUCACUGUACGAAAACACAAGAGUCUAGGCGUACAUAGCGUGCUUCGACGAGCUGGAUUCGCCGACGAUAGCGGAGAAGCUGGGGAACCAUGUGAGCGCCCACAACCCCAGAGUAACCCCCAGCCAGACUCGGGAGAUGCACACGGGAUAACGAGUGAGCCAUCCGUGGUUGAGCCGGUUCUGGACGAGGGUCAUAUGGCACUGGACGUCUUGAUGAAAGCAGCCAUGCUGCCAAGCUCAAACUUGGAGGAUCCGCAUUUUACCUUCUCGGCUACCAACAUGUCUACCCGACCGCCCAACAUCAUCUUCAUCAUGGCUGAUGACCAUGCUGCCAAAUCCAUAUCAUGCUACGGCGCAGGAAUCAACAAAACAUCAAACCUCGACCGCAUUGCCAACGAGGGCAUGCGAUUCGACCACUGCUACGUCACCAACAGCAUCUGCACACCUUCGCGAGCAGCAAUCCUCUACGGCACACACAAUCACGUCAAUGGAGUCAUGACCCUUGACUCCAAGAUCAACAAAAGACUACCCAAUGUUGCCAAGCAGCUCAAGUCAAGCCCUGCUGCCUAUAAGACAGCAAUGGUGGGCAAGUGGCAUCUUGGCGAAGGCAACGACCACGAACCCACGGGCUUCGACUACUGGAGCAUUGUGCCCGGGCAGGGAGAGUACUGGGACCCUCAGUUUAUCGAGCCUGAAGGUACUACUCGAGUUCCCGGCUACGCAACCGAUAUCAUCACGGACAAGUGCAUUGAGUGGAUGGAGAAACGUGACAAGGAACGGCCAUUCUUUCUCAUGUGCCAUCAUAAAGCUCCUCAUCGCUCUUGGGAGUACGAUAGUAAACAUAAAGACCUCUAUAAGGACCCUAUUCGCCUGCCCGAUACCUUUACCGAUGACUACAAGAACCGCGCCAAUGCUGCGAAAGUAGCCAAGAUGAGAGUCGCCGAGGACUUGACGUAUACAGACCUACGUGUAGUCCAGCAAGAAGGCCCCAGAAGCCAGAUCGGAGAGAAGAUGAUCGAUGUCUGGUGGUGA